AUUCGUAAAUAUUAUUUAAUGGUCCCUUGUUUGAAGCGCAUAAUUUUAUAUUCUUCAUCCUUGUUUUAUCCAGCGGAAGCAUCCUGCAGGGGAUAGAAAGUGAUUUGCAGAGGGAAACAGUAAAAUGAAGAGAGAAAUCCAAUAAAUUUUGAGUCUGAGGGAGAUACACCAUCCCUUUCAGACAGUGGAGCUGGGACCUUCCUUCAGCCAUACGUGGCUGUGGAUCCUUUGCUCAAGGACGUACGUGCGUUAUAGCUUGACAGAGCACAUAAAAUUCUGAGGGGGCUUUAGUGUCUGAUUGAUAAAUUAGCAAUGGGAAAGGAUUUGCUCAGGCCUCUCCAGAUUUAUCUCUCAAAGCUCAGAGGAAGCAAAGUGUACGAAGAACGCUGCAAUGAAGAGAAAAGUUCCUGGAUAUUUUCAUGUAAACACCCUAGGACGGAGUCCCUGAGCCUGGCUAGAGGUGGAGAAAGCUCUCAAUCCGGAAAGGAUGUUUAUUCAUGCUAUAAUUCUUUGUAUGUUGUCUCAGAGGAGAGGUCGCGAGGUCUAGUCCCGGUGUCUGAGAAGGAAGAAGAAGAACAUUGUGAGGAUGGAAUGGCUGAUAAAGAUUUGAUUGUUAAAAGGGCUUUGUGUAUGGCAGAGGAUUCAGAUAAUCAGGGUUUGUCUUCUAAAUGCAGCAGCGAUUCUAGCAAUUUUUUCUCAGAUUCAAGCAGGUCUAGCGAUUUGCCGCCAGGUUUGGCCAGCGGAUUGACAUCGGAGCGCUUCUUUUUUUCUCCCGGGAGGUCAAAUUCUAUUUUAGAAGAGGCGAAAUGCAAAUCUUUUGGGACAGACGGCGAAGAAGACUGUGUAAAUACAAGGGAGAAGAUCGAUCUGUUAGCUGAUAAUUCUGAAAGGUGGGAUUUGGUGAAAAGCAGUCCGUCCUGCCACGAUUUUAGCGGAGCUGUGGACGCCUACGACUUAUUUAAAAGUGAAAGCGUUGCAGUGUUCUUGAAUUCUCCAAACCCUUACCGAGACUUUCGGAUCUCUAUGCAGGAAAUGGUGGAGGCGCAUAAUUUCACAGAUUGGGAGUCGUUGCAGGAGAUGUUAAUCUGUUAUCUCAGUCUCAAUCAUAAAAGAACGCAUUCAUUCAUUCUUGGCGCCUUUGCGGAUCUGGUCGCCAGUAUCGUCAAUACAAGCAGCCAGGCUCAAUCUCAAGUUCCAUUGUUAGAGUGCGCUGAUUGAUCUACUACACGGUUUCGGAAGAUAAAUUUAUUCUUAAUCACCGGAACUGCUUUGCAGGAGCAUUCUGCUGCUCGAGUGCCUCUGUAUAUAUUCCUAUUUUGUUCAUUUCCGAAACAGGUUUUGUCCCCUGCGGACAUGCCGUUGCGCAAUCUGUAUAAUUUCAAAAGAUUCGCUACCAUUUCAGUUGUGACUAUGCAUUUUUCUGAUGAUCUAACAACAAUAGAAAAUUUCCAGAAACAUUCUGUGAUUACAUGUUUGUAAUAGCAUGAUUUUUUUGCACAGUAAUGCCAUUGCGCAAUCUGUAAAAUUUUAAAAGAUUCACAACCAUUUCAGUUCUGACUUGUAUGCA